AUGUCGUUGAAGCAGAUUGUAGGACACAAACUUUUGAACGAUGUCAUUCGCCCUCUUAAGAAAGCUGAAGGCCAAGGAGGUUGGAAUGUACUCAUUGUUGACCGAUUGGCCAUGCGGAUGAUGUCCGCUUGCUGUAAAAUGCAUGAUAUUAUGGAAGAAGGAGUCACGAUUGUCGAAGAUCUCCAGAAGAGACGCGAACCAUUACCAAGUCUGGAUGCCAUUUACAUUCUUGCUCCCACGAAAUCUUCGAUUGAUGCUUUAAUUCAAGACUAUACUGUACGCAACCAGUACCGUCAUGCACAUGUGUUUUUCACCGAGGCUUGUCCUGACCAAUUAAUGACUCAAUUAGGAAAAAGUGCUGCAGCACGAUUCAUUAAAACUUUGAAAGAGAUAAACGUAGCAUUCACUCCUUAUGAGAGUCAAGUAUACACUCUAGACUCUCCUGAUACUUUCUUCCUGUAUUAUAACGCCCAAAAGCAAGGUGGAUUGACUGUGAAUCUAGAACGAAUCGCUGAGCAAAUUGCUACAGUCUGUGCUACUCUUGGUGAAUAUCCGUCCAUCAGAUAUCGCUAUGAUUUCGAAAGAAAUGUAGAGCUCGGUCACUUGGUUGAGCAAAAGCUUGAUUCUUACAAAGCUGAUGAUCCAAGUAUGGGAGAAGGAGCUGAGAAAGCUCGCAGUCAGCUAAUCAUUAUCGAUCGUGGUUUUGAUGCUGUUACUCCUUUACUUCAUGAACUUACAUUCCAAGCUAUGUGCUAUGAUUUGUUAGGAAUUGAAAAUGAUGUUUAUCGCUAUGAAACUGGAGGUAACGAUUCAACUGAGAAAGAGGUUCUUCUGGAUGAGAAUGAUGACCUGUGGGUUGAGAACCGUCACAAACACAUUGCUGUAGUAUCACAAGAUGUAACUAAAGGCUUGAAGAAGUUCAGUGACUCUAAAGUCGGACUGAAAGCUGACGCUAAAUCCAUCAAAGAUUUGUCUAUGAUGAUCAAAAAGAUGCCUCAAUAUCAGAAAGAGUUGAACAAAUUCAGUACUCACUUCCACUUGGCAGAGGAAUGUAUGAAGCAGUAUCAAAAUGGAAUCGACAAGCUUUGCAAAGUCGAACAGGAUCUUGCUACUCAACUUGAUGUAGAAGGAGAACGAGUGAAGGAUGCCAUGAAGCUCAUGGUUCCUCUUCUCAUUGAUCCUGCCGUUCGUACCGAGGACAGACUUCGUCUUAUUAUUUUGUACAUUUUGAGCAAGAAUGGAAUCACGGAUGAAAACCUGAACAAGUUGAUGCAACAUGCAAAUAUCUCUAUGGCUGAUAAAGACACAAUAACAAAUGCUGGGCUUCUCGGUUUGAACAUCACCACUGACCAAGGAAAAAAGAAAGUGUGGACUCCCACUAGAAAAGAAAGACCACACGAACAAGUAUAUCAAUCUUCUCGAUGGGUACCUCUUCUGAAAGACAUAAUGGAAGAUGCCAUUGACGAUAAGCUUGAUACUAAGCAUUUCCCAUUCCUCGCUGGAAGACAAGUCAAUCAGCAAUAUCGGCAAGGAGUUCCAAGUUCUGCUCGCUACGGACAAUGGCAUAAGGAGCGUGGACAACAAUCUUCUCAUCGAAGUGGACCUCGCCUUAUUAUCUACGUCGUGGGCGGUUUAACUUAUUCAGAAAUGAGAACUGCAUUCGAAGUGACGCAAGCUAAAAAGCCAUGGGAAGUUAUAAUUGGAUCUGAUCAAAUCAUUACUCCUGACAAAUUUUUAACCAAUCUUCGGGAUUUGAACAAACCGAAGGAACAAUGA